UAUAAAUUAUAGCGAAAAAAGUUUGCGAUUUCAAGUGAUUUUGUGAAAAAUAUUCAAAUUAUUCGUUUCAUAUCAAAACUUGUAAUCACUUAAUCAUUAAUCUUUCCGCAAAUAUUUUUCAUACCACUUAUCACUCAAUCUUUGAAAUACUAUUUAAACACUUGAUUUCACUCACAAGUUGUGCUAAUAUUGGAAAUUCUCGUUUCAUUUUUAAGUCUUGUACUAAACGUCAGCUUAAAAAAAAGUUUUAAAAAUGCGUUAUUUUGCGGCUCUUUGUGUUUUGAUUGCCAUUUGGUGUGACUUGUGUUCGGCCAACAUUAAGAUCCGUACGAGACGUCAGAUUGAAAGGGAAGGCAAUCUCAAUGAGACGACUACUGUCUACGCGGGUGAACGCGAACCGACAGACAAGGACUUCGAAGUGGUUCCCACCGACGACAAGACCGAUGUAAUGGAAGUGGAUUACGAUCCCGUCGACGGCUCCUUCGCUUUUGGUGGCAAAUUUCCCACAUUUUUCGGCGGAAACAGACAUUUCAACACACAUUUCGACGAACUAUUUCGCCAAAUGACCAAAAGAUUUGAAGAAAUGUCCCGAAGUAUGUUCGAGAGGUUCAACUCCACGAGUUCUCAAUACCCGCCCAACUAUAACGGCACCAAAGAGGAGAUCAUUACAAUCGAUGGCAAACAAUACGUCAAGAAAGAGCAUGUGAUCAAGAAGUCCGGAGAUAACCUAAACAUAUUCCUGACGACAACCACUUAUGAACCGAUUGACGAGAAGAGUAAUGAGAGUUAAGCCCCCAAACCUGGGAACCACUUCU